CUGUCCUAAGCUCAACAAAGAUAAAACCGACCAAAAAAUGCCAUCUCAAGAUGAGAGGAAGCGCUUUGAAAUGGGGGGUCCGGCGGGGGCAGCGGCCCUGUCUCUCUUCUUCAUCGUUCUGACCUACCUCAAUGCAGAGAAAAAUGUCUCUGGUGAAUGGGAUCUCUUCCAAAUGCAUAAAAUAAACUGGGACAUUCGUCAGUGGGUUAGUCUGUCAAGUUUACUAGGCCUGUUGGCUUGGUUUGGUAUACAGCUUGUGCUGUAUAGUUUACCAAUUGGAAAAUCAGCUUAUGGACCUGUGCUAAAAGAGGGCCGUAAACUAGAGUAUCAACUAAAUGCUUUAUUUGCAUUGGACGUAAACCUAUUAGGUCUCAUUGUCGCUUUCUUUCUUGGUUUUCCAAUCAACGUGGUCAUAAAUAGUAUGCUGCAGCUACUGACAGCUGGGAUUCUAACCUGUUUGGUACUGAGCAGUGUAUUGUACCACUUGGCCGACUAUAUUGAGGAUUGGAGACUAAAUCCAAGAGGGAACACAGGCCAUUCAUUUUACGACUGGUUCAUCGGUAGGGAGUUGAAUCCUCGUCUUGGUUCUCUGGAUUUGAAGUACGUAAUGUUUCGGAGCGGCAUAAUUGGAUGGAUGCUGAUGAACUUUGCCAGUUUAAUCCUAGCGUUUUCUGAGGGCAAAAACGAAGUUCCAUCCAACUUGGUUCUUUUGGUAAUCACACAGCUAUUUUACGUCAUAGACUACUUUUGGUUUGAAGAGGGAAUACUCGUGUCACGUGAUAUUGUACAUGAAGGUCUUGGGUUCAACAUUAGCAUGCAGUUUCUCAUGAUUCCUUUCACAUUUUGCACACAAACUAGAUACGUGGCCACAACUGGGUACACGUCAUCUUGGAUUACGCUUCUGGGAAUAUUCAUCAUUUAUGGAACUGGAUACUGGAUUUACAGAGCCAGUAAUUUGGAGAAAAACAAAUUCAGACAGAAUCCAGACGAUCCAGCAUUAGCAUACUUAAAAACUAUGCCGACAGAAUCAGGAAAGCGGCUGCUGAUAACCGGAUGGUGGGGGUUGUGCAGACAUCCUAAUUAUCUGGGCGAUCUCUUAAUUUCUCUGAGUUAUGCUUUAUGUACAGGUUUUCAGCACUUCAUGCCGUAUUUGGGAUUUCUGUUCCUUGUGAUGCUGCUGAUUGACAGAGAGAACCGGGAUAGCGAGGGAUGCCGGGAAAAAUACGGCAAGGAUUGGGACAAAUAUUGUCAGAUUGUCAAAUAUAAAAUCAUACCCUUCAUUUACUGAACGGAGUACCAGUGAAAAAGACAGGGACAUUACAUGAAAAUAUAUGCUCGUACUGUAAUUUUUUUAAAGGAGAAAAAUAAAUAAGCAGUUAAAGGAU